AUGCAGCCUCUUCAUCGAACACAACUGGAAGGUUCGUAUUCAUAUUUGAAUUUAUUCAUAGUUUAUUUUAGUCAUUCCGCGACUGAGAAGACGAAAACUGCCGAAACUUCAACAACUUCAAAAUCGGUUCAAUCGGGCGAUCUUGUGGCUGCGGCCGCUGCUGUUGUUCACAAUCCUGUAUCAUCUGAAGCCUUUGUCGCUGCAGCCGCAGCUUUUGAAAAUCGGUCACCUCGUUUUGCCUCUUUGUUGCACCAACAGGAACAGAUAACAGCCUCAACAAUUCUUCCUUCAUCUUUUUUAACAAACACUUCAAAUGCCUUGGCGUCUUCUGCAUUGUUUGAAAAUAAAAUACCACAAAUUGUCAAUACUUCGAAUUUGGGAUUACCUAGUAGCAGUUCCAACAACAAUUUAAAUAGUUAUAACUUUUCACCAUUAAUGACCAGUUCAUUACCAUCCACAGUGGCAGCUGCUGUACAUCAGCAAAGUAUUAUUGCCAGCACUGCAAUUGCUGCUAGUGAUUUUGCUGUUUCAUUUGCUUCACAAUUGGCAGCUGCUGCGGCUGUGGUUGGAGGGGUGGCGACUUCCACGGUUCGAACUGAUUCAACUGAUGCGGUCACAGUCGAUUCUUCAGCUUCGACAACCACAAGUUGCGAUAUGCAGCAUAUAGGGUUUACUUCAUCCAUUAAUAACAACAAUGUUGAUAACAGCGGCUGUCCAAUGGAAGUUGAACAACCUGUUGGAACAUCACCAUUGGUGACUACAAUAUCCCCAUCACUUAUUGGCAUAAAUAGAUCAUCACUUGAUGAUAUUUCUAUUGGUUCACAGCCCAGCCAUGCACAGAAUCAAAGCAGGGCGGUUGCAGCCGCAAUGCUUGGAGCAAAGUGUCUCAACGUGCCGCUGGAUUUCUUAGUACCAUCGUGCCUCGUAUGCAGCAUCUAUUAAACUCAACUACAAAUUCUACAACAGGUACUGGUAGCGCUGCUGCACGUGCAGGAUAUCUUGAUUCGAUUGUU